CUCCCAGGGCAUCCCCUCACUCCCUACAUGCUCCUGAACAAAGCCGUGUGCAAUGUGAUCGCAUCCCUCAUUUACGCCCGCCGCUUUGAGUAUGGAGACCCUUCCCUCAUCAACAUGCUAACAACAUUGGAAGAAAACAUGGGAGAGACUAAUGGCUUGCUUCCCGAGGUUCUGAACACGUUCCCAAUUCUCCUGCGUAUCCCGGGGUUGGCCGACAAGGUCUUCCCGGGACAAAAGUCAUUUAUGACCAUGGUGGAUAAGCUGAUAACUGAGCACAGGAGAACCUGGGACGCUGACAAUCCGCCUCAAGGCCUGACUGAUGCCUUCUUGGCUGAGAUGGAGAAGGCCAAGGGGAAGCCUGAGAGCAGCUUCAAUGAUGCGAAUCUACGUCUCGUUGUCUCUGAUCUGUUUGGUGCUGGGAUUGUGACCACGUCAACCACGCUGUCCUGGGCCCUGCUGCUCAUGAUCCUGCACCCGGAUGUGCAGCGCCGUGUCCAGCAGGAGAUUGAUGAAGUCCUAGGGCAGGCGCGGCGCCCAGAGAUGGCCAACCAGGCCCACAUGCCCUACACCAAUGCUGUCAUCCAUGAGGUGCAGCGCUUUGGGGACAUCGCCCCUUUGAAUUUGCCACACAUGACAUCACGUGACAUUGAAGUCCAAGGCUUCCGCAUCCCUAAGGGGAUGAUGCUCAUCCCUAACCUGUCCUCCGUGCUGAAGGACGAGACCGUCUGGGAGAAACCCCUCCACUUCCAUCCUGAGCACUUCCUGGACGCCCAGGGACACUUUGUGAAGCAUGAGGCCUUCAUGCCAUUCUCCGCAGGCCGCCGCGCAUGCCUGGGAGAGCCCCUGGCCCGCAUGGAGCUCUUCCUCUUCUUCACCUGCCUCCUGCAGCGCUUUAGCUUCUCGGUGCCCGAUGGACAGCCCAGGCCCAGCGACCGAGGCGUCUUUAUGUUUCUGCACUGCCCAUUGCCCUACCAGCUCUGUGCAGUCACUCGCUAACAGGAAUCACAUUCUAGUCCAGCCCCUAGCUUAGGCUCACCUACAGAGAAUAAACGAGGUUUGUGGCUGCCAUUU